GGCAUUUCGUCCCGGCGAGAUAUUGUUGUCUGUUGAUCUGUUUUUUUGAAGAUAUUUCCGGCCGAAAUUACGGGGAUUCUCAUUUAAUGUCCUGCUUCGCAACCUGAAGAAGAUCGAAACGGAGCCAGAAUUUUCAUAUCCAUCAGCCAACCAUCCGGUGUGCCUGAGCUGUGGGAUUCAAGUUUCAUGGAGAAAAUUUGCAGGUGGAUGUAUAAAUGAGUGAUAAAGCAGGGGAAAUGAAGGAUCAGGAAAAGGACUGAGGAAGAUUAAAUUUUGGGGGGGAGGGUUGCUAUAAAGGAGACAGCUAAGAGAGAAAUCGCUUGGCAUUUGGCUUUGGGAAUAGGAAAUAAUAAAAUCAGAAGAGUGAGGAAGAAUAUACCUACGGGAUAAAAAAUGUUUACGUGUAUCGCGUGCACAAAACAAAUGGCGGAGGGAGAGGAGGAAGUAGAAGGUGCGCGUGGGAGUGGCACGCCAAGUACGAAGGAAGCCGUCAAAAGCCUGACGACGCAGAUCAAGGAUAUGGCUUUGAAAUUUUCUGGGGCUUAUAAGCAAUGCAAGCCCUGCACGGGCACAAGCAGCUACAAGAAAGAACAUAGACCGUAUCCAGAUUUUGAUGCUGCUUCAGAAGGAGUUCGAUACUCUUAUGCGGGUGGAAGCUCAAGCUCGACACCUGCAUGGGAUUUCACAAGUGCUGGUCGCCAUGCUGGUACGAGAUCUGACUCAAGAUUUACUGGAAUGUUCGGUGGUGAUAGGACACCUGGAGGGAGGGAGUCUUUCUCAGCCCAGGAUUUGGUGCUAGAGGAUGAGAAUGAGCCAAAGGAAUGGAUGGCGCAGGUCGAGCCAGGAGUUCAUAUAACAUUCGUGUCGCUUCCUAAUGGGGGAAAUGAUCUGAAACGAAUCCGCUUCAGCCGAGAGAUGUUCGACAAGUGGCAAGCCCAGCGAUGGUGGGGUGAGAAUUAUGACAGAAUAAUGGAACUCUACAAUGUCCAGAGAUUUAAUCGUCAAGCACUAGAUACUCCUGCAAGGUCAGAGGAUGAGAGAGAUUUUUCUUACUCAAGGAUGGAAUCAGCUAGAGAAAGUCCAAUGCCUUCAUCAUCAUAUAACAGAGAGUGGACCCCGAGGAACUACCAUAAAUCAUCUGCAGGCAAAGGCUAUUUCCCAUCUGACCGUAUGGACCAAGGAGGCAACCAAUAUUAUGGUGCUGGGCCGAGUGCCUAUGCUGGUGGUAGCUCAAGAGGUGAGACCACUUUUGAUGCAGCACGGAUGACGACCUCAUCUAGAGAUGAGCCUUCUAUUUCUGUUAGCAAUGCCAGUGAAAUAGAAGCAGAAUGGGUUGAAGAAGAUGAGCCUGGGGUAUAUAUUACCCUCAGACAAUUAGCAGAUGGCACUAGGGAGCUGCGUCGGGUCAGAUUCAGCCGUGAAAAAUUUGGGGAGGUGCAUGCGAAGCAGUGGUGGGAAGAUAACAGAGAGAGAAUACAAGCACAAUACCUUUAAAUCGGACUUAAACGGCACGACAUUAGCAGCAGUCAUCUGAAUUCAUUGAGGGUGCAGUUGGAUGUCCCCAUGAGAAUGCACACAUUCAAUUUUGUUCCGGAACAAGUAAUGGAAAGAAUCCAUCUGCUAGAGUGAAUUCCUUUUGUCACAGAAAUAUCAAACCAUCAUCACUAGAGAUGAUCAUCUAACAUAAUUACUUAACUGUUCUUUGAUGUUGCUCUGCUAUAUCUUUAGGGCAAAUUUUGGGUCCUUUUUUGCCAUCGGUAUAUGGGAUUAUUUGGCUCUCCAUUUUAUAUAUCGGUGUUUGUUGAUUGUAAUACAAAUUUAUUUCAAGA